UGCCGUGCUGCUGUGCCGUGCCCGCUGUGCCGGAGCGCAUCAUGCGGGCCCCCGGCGCCGCUGCCGCCUGCGGGGAUGGCCGGGACGAGCCCGAGCGCUGCCUGAGCCCCGCUGGGAGACUGGCGGCCGCCGUGUGCCUGGGCGCCCUGGGCAGCCUGGGCUUCUGCAGCAACCUGCUGGUGCUACUGCUCUUCUGGCGCUUCCCGGCGCUGCGCUCCCCCAUCAACCUGCUGCUGCUCAACAUCGCGCUCAGCGACCUGCUGGGCUGCGCCCUGGGCACUCCGCUCGGGCUGGCCGCGGGGGCCAGCGCCGCUCCGGGGGCCGCCUGCGCCUGGCACGGCUUCGCCACCGCCCUCUGCGGCAUCAUCUCUCUCAUAUCCCUGGCUGUGCUUUCCUACGAGCGUUACUGCACCAUGACGAGAACAGCAGAGCCUGACACCACCAACUACAGGAAAACAUGGGCAGGCAUCAUCCUGUCCUGGACAUACUCCUUGCUCUGGACCGUUCCCCCGCUGUUUGGCUGGAGCAGCUACGGGCCAGAAGGACCAGGGAUAACCUGUUCUGUGAACUGGCAUUCCAAGGAUGCCAACAACGCAUCCUACAUCAUCUGUCUUUUCAUCUUUUGCCUUGUAAUCCCUUUUGCCAUCAUUGUCUAUUCCUAUGGGAAGCUGCUCUGUGUGGUCAGACAGGUGAGCAGCGUCCAGCGGGGGCCGGGCCGGGGCCGGGAGCAGCGCAUCCUGCUCAUGGUGCUGGUGAUGGUGCUGUGCUUCCUCCUCUGCUGGCUGCCCUAUGCAGCUGUGGCACUCAUUGCCACCUUUGGGCAGCCUGGGCUCAUCACCCCUGCAGCCAGCAUCAUCCCAGCCAUCCUUGCCAAGAGCAGCACUGUCUACAACCCCAUCAUCUACGUGUUUCUGAACAAACAGUUUUACAGGUGCUUUGUGGCACUCCUGAGAUGCAACAAAUCCCCCGUGAGUUCCUUGCCCAGGAUGAAAAAGCAACAACAAAAGCCAGGUUCUGAAGAGCUUCUGCCAAAGCCCAUCCAAGCCCAGCCACCCCAAAACAGAGAUGCAGAGCAUGGUGCUGCAGGACAGCUCCAGGAAACAAUCUGCCUGUGAAGAGAGGAGGCAAACAGGAGAGAAUUAGCAGCUUGCAGAUGGUCCUUCCCUCCCUGGUUUGGAUUAUGCUCCUCCAAGAAGUCCCACGUUGCUUUUCAACACAACCUGAAUGGAUUAUGAAGAACUAUGCAGUUACAAAGUAAAGCUCUACUAAAAUUUUAA